AUGGCACCUACUUCCAAGGCAGAUACCUCGCGCUUUCCCCAGAGCCAGGACCCUAAGUCAGCCCGAGCCCAGGCCCAGCAGACCUCGAGUCAAAAGUCUGAAGAAGACAGCUGGUCGCCCAACCAGACCUUGUCCACACAUAUGGACGCCACCGGCCAUCCGGUGCCCGACCCCGUCACCGACACCAAGAGCAAGAAGUCGAAGGAGUUUGACGACGACGCUGACGUGUUCGAGGCUAUGACGGCGGACUUUGACUAG